CCCCUCCCACUGUACGACUAGUUAUAUCCUUCGGUUGGCUAAGAGGAGAGGCACCCCCAUCUCACCCACUAUCUUCCAAGCAAUGGUUUGCAUGUACCGUUGAGGUGCCAUUCGUUCUCUUCUUUCAGUACCUUGGGCCUCACCCGUUCCAGUGGCACCCGCUGGCACGAUCUUGAUCGUUUGGUUCUGUUUUCUCUCUGUCUCCUACGUCAAGCUGGGUUAUCAGACGUCAUGAUACUUCCCAGGCCUUUUGGGACCAGGACCCUCCUAUGCCUCUGGCUGUGUCUUAACCUAGCUGUUGCGGUCCUUGUUAAUCCUAUCAGGAGAGAUGACGGCCCGUCGUCGAUCGCAAGUCCUGAUCCGACCCCGGCGCCGAGUCCAACUCAUGGCGGAGACAUAGCAUCAGCACCGGUGGACAGCUCCAAGACCCCCGAGACCCCUGAGACACCCGCCAGCUCAUCCAAACCUUCGACGACGACUUCGACGCCGUCAAGUGUCUCCCCAACCCCUUCCGUUGUCGGUGGCGGUGCCUCGCUGAACAGCACUCUCUUCAACAGUACAAUUCUUGCCGGGGAGCUUCCUAUUUCCCCCAAGAUAACUCCAGCAUGGGCCGCUUCUGGCGUUAUAUUGCUGGGAGCCGGGGUCAUCUACACCCUUGUUGGCAUCAAGUCGAAGGUGUUGCACGUCUUCUUCUCCGUUGCCGCCCUAGGAAGCCUCGGGACGACUGUGCUCAUACUAUACAUCAUGACGCCGCCGAUCCGUGAGGCUAUCCAGGGCGCAUAUGUCGCUGCUAUAGUUUGCACCGGCUUUAUACUCGGCGGAGCUUCCAUUGUCUUUAAAGAUACGACAGAAUCAGCGGCCUGUUUUCUUGGAGGCUUUUGCUUCGGCAUGUGGCUGCUCUGUCUUCGUCCGGGAGGCCUUCUGCCAGAAAAGGGAACCAAGGUGGCAGUCAUCACCGUGUUUGCCGUUGCUGUAUUUGCCCUGUAUUUCAUCCGACGCAUCAGGACAUAUGUGCUUAUCGGCGGCAUAUCGUUCUCGGGAGCGACUGCGAUCGUGUUGGGUAUCGACUGUUUCAGCCGGGCUGGGCUGAAGGAAUUCUGGGCCUACAUAUGGGCAUUGAACGAUAAUCUUUUCCCAAUUGGAACUAAAACAUACCCCAUCAACAAGGGGAUGCGAGUCGAGCUUGCCGUCACCGUUGUCAUCGCCGGCGCCGGCGUCGCCUCGCAACUUAGGCUGUGGAAAGUUAUCAGAGAACGGCGCGAGAAGCGAGACACGGAGCGUACAGAGAGAAACCGCAGCCGGGAGGAUGAGGAGGAAAUCGCUGGACGGCGAAUUGAGGGGGAAAACGACCGCGAGCGGAGACAAUGGGAGCGCGUGUACGGAAAUGGAGCUCCCCACGAUAGCCUCCGGGGCUCGGCGGACUCUGGCGUUGGAGAUAUGGAUAGCGAAAAGAGACUGCGGAACAUCGACACCGCGGUUGCAGCGACGCCGGGGACGCGAAGUCCCGCCGAUGAGAACCUAGAAAUGGCGGGAAUAUCGCCUGAUCACAGCGGCGCUCCAGAGACGGCGAUACCGCAGAUUACGGGGGGUGGGGUAAUCACGGUCCGGCCAGACAAGGGAGGUAUCGAUGCGAAUCUGUCGCACGCCGUCCCUUUCCAAUUCGGGGUCGCUGCACCGGGGCAUGACGGGGACGAGCGGUCCUCUGUGGCGACCUUUGCGGACGAAGACGGAGACAUGCGGUCUGUCAUGGGUAGCAAGAGGAAUUCAAUGGUGAACAGACUCUCUGCGGGCUCUGCCAAGCUCCUACGAAGCCUGUCCCAGCGAUCAAGAGGGAACAACUCCGAGAUGGGCGAGAAUCCCGGUGAGAGCCAAGAGGAACUCGUGAUGUCGAGAUACUCCCAUCACGAUGACAAUGACUCACUCGCCGCCAACCGCGAUGCCUUGAGCGUGGACGACAGUGACGUCGACACUGUCCGUGAUGGAAAAGGUGGAGGCGCUGAGCGAGACAUUGAGAUCGGAGAGGAUAACGGCACGCAAGGUUCGGAUGCUGCAAGUGAGGCCACGGGCAUGGAAGUUCCGAAUACUCUGGAGGUGGAUGGUGUUGAAGAGCCAGCCCCCGAGUCAUCAGGUGCCUCGGACCAGGUAGCCAAAACUGACGUGACUGCGGCUGCUAGAGGCAUCAGCAGCACAGAAAGGGGCUCCACAAAGGGGUCCGACGAGGUAUCCCGAAAAGCGCGAUCUCUCGCUUCCCGGGAUUCAGCAUCGGCGAACCUGAGUCAAGGAAAUCUCCCCGGAGCUUUGUCACGGGUGGCCAUGUCGUAUCGGACGAACGAAUGGGCCAAGCAUCUUAGCCUUGCUGAGACCCCUGAGCCCGAGGUGUUCCAGUUGAACGAGAGUUCGGAAGAGUCUUCUCCUGAGGCCAUGAUCGACGACGAACCAGCGGCACCCCUCGACAUGGAGGAGCUGCAGAAAACCGCGGAGAACGCCACUCCGCCGCCGGCGGCACCAAGGUCGGCGAGUGCGAUGUCGAACUACUCGCAAGCCCCGACUUUGCCGCGGAGCAACUCGCAGCCCUCACUAUAUCAGGCUGCUUCCGGCCUCGAACCAUACCGCGCCUUGUCCAAGGCCCACCACCGCCGUACAUCCAUCCCCUAUGCCGAACCCAUAGCCGAGGAGGGCGAUGGCGAGACCGAUCAGCCAGCAGAAGGCAACGACUCCUCUGGGCCCUCGACAAAUCCCAGCCCCAUUCCCGCGGGCCCAUCCGCCUCGGCACCCAACCUGGCAAUCCAUCCUCCCGUCCCAGGCGUCGUCUCGUAUUCCUCCCCGCAGACCCUAAUCGGAAUGCGUGACAUGUUCCUCAGGAGCAAAUCCCAGCCAUCCUUCUACUUGCCCAGCCCCACCCCAGAACCGGCCAUGACCCCGGCCGCCUCCCGCAGCGCCAGCUACGCGUCCCUCAACGCGGCGACCGCGGAUGAGCUGCCCCUUUCGUACCGCCGCGAGCUCAUGCGGAUGCCCAGCCUCGCAACUACCCAUUACAACAACAAUAGCAACGACAACAGCAACGACAACAGCAACAACAGCAGCAGUAGCAACCUCGUCGACGGCGGCGCCCCGGCAGCCGACGCGGUCCCCUACAACAGCCACCAGCCGCAGCGGCACAGCAGCUCGACGCCCGACGCGCUGCGGUGGGCCCAGAUGGCCAGCUUCCGCAGCAGCGUAGCGGCGGACCUGCGAGGCGGCGCGCCCAUCAUCGGCAGCGCCGGCGGGGUGGCGGGGGGAGCCGUGCACGCCAAGCAGCGGGACGGGGAGGUGCGCCGCAGCGUGGACGCGCAGAGGAGCUACCUCCUGGGGCUGAGGGACGCGGACGCGCGGAGGAGGGAGGCGCGCAGGAUGGAGAGGGAGAGGGGGGAUAGGCAAUUUGAGAUGCGCAUGCGCAGCGGGGAUUUGGUAGAGGCCCAUCGGGAGGCUAUGAGGAGGUUGCAGGGCGAGGUGAAGGACUAGUUGGAAUCGGGAGGUUUUGUUUUGGUUGGCGGGGGGUUUUGCUGAAUGAUUAUCAUGUCUUCGCUCCGCUUGGCCGUAUAUGUGUUGUCUGCUUUUUUUCAUUUUCUAUCUCCACACUCAUUUGUCUACAUACCCUACCUUCCUUUCAAUGCGGGCGCUCGGUUUGGGACGGUAGAGGGGAAAGGAGGG